AUGGAGAAAUCGGCUCGGCCACGGACGGCUCUUAACGAGUGCGUCAAGGUGGUGGUUCGAUGUCGACCGCUCGCCGAGAAGGAGAAAAACGAGGGUUUCGAUGAGGUCGUAAAAGUAUGGCCGGAGCGUGGUGGUGUGCAAGUGUACAACCCUAAGGGACAAGACAAACUUUUCACAUACGAUGCUGCUUACGACUGCACAGCAGAUACACAGACGAUCUACGAUGAAAUGGUACGUCCGCUGGUGGCUUCUGUCCUGGACGGGUUUAAUGGCUGCGUAUUCGCAUACGGCCAGACAGGCACAGGCAAAACUCACACUAUGGAAGGAACCCCAGAACAUGAAGGAGUAAUCCCCCGAGCCUUCAGACAUAUAUGGGCCCACAUAGAGAAUAGCGCUUCGCCAGAUGUCACCCAUCUCGUCUCCUGCUCCUAUAUUGAACUCUACCUGGAAGAUGUUAGAGAUUUACUAUCAAAAGACUGCAAGAAACUCACCAUCAGAGGGCAGAAUCCUCCACCGUCUUUACGGCAUAGUACUACCAGACGCACAGCUCUGUCACCUCAGCGGCCGCCAAGCACGGAGCUCAACGGUUUCUACAUCCCGGAAAUGACGUCGGUGGUGUGCAAGAGCGCGGCCGAGAUGGUGCGGAUCAUGAAGGCGGGCAAUCGCAACCGGGCGUCCGGCCGCACCGAUAUGAACGAGCACUCCUCGCGGAGUCACGCCGUAUUCCUGGUCACUGUUGAGACUGCUCAUCGGAAGACUAACCGGAUACGGGUAGGCAAGUUGAACCUAGUCGAUUUGGCGGGAAGCGAGCGCCAGCGCAAGACAGGCGCUUCGGCGGAGCGCCUGCGGGAAGCAUCUCGCAUCAACCAAGCGCUCUCCUCACUCGGCAAUGUCAUCUCAGCACUGGCUGAGAACAGUCCACAUGUGCCUUACAGAGACUCGAAAUUGACUCGUAUCCUGCAAGACUCCCUGGGCGGCAACAGCAAGACGAUCAUGAUCGCGAACAUUGGCCCAGCUUCAUAUAACUACGACGAGACUAUCACUACACUGCGGUAUGCUCAUCGCGCUAAAGCGAUAAAGAACAAGCCGGUGCGCAACGAGGACCCGAAGGACGCGAAGCUGCGCGAGUACCAGGCCGAGAUCGAGCGGCUGCGGGCGCUCAUCGAGCAGCGGCGCGGCCUCGCCGACAAGAAGGUUAAAAAGGAGAAGGUGGCUAAAUCGAAGCCACAGCCCGCAGACAACUCGGAAGAAGAAACCGUGAGCAUAGAAAACGAGAAUAUCCUCGCUGAGUCUACAAUCGAACAAGAGAAAUGCAAAACCGAGGAGUUAGAGCACCAGAUCAACGCGUUAGAGGAACGCCUCGUCCAAGGUGGCGGAGGGAAAGACCUCAUCAACAACCUCAACGAGACUCGCCUCAUCCUCGAACAACGACACACAGAAAUCACGGAGAGAAAGAAAAGAGAAGUGGAAAUGCAACAGAGAAUCGAGCUCGAGGAAGAGACGACGGCGAUCGUCACCAACACUUUCGCGAACUUGCAGCAGGAGGUGGACCACAAGACUCAGAGGUUAAAGAAGUGUCUGGCCAAGUACGCGGGGCUGAGGGAGGAGAUGGUGGAACAGAGGGAAGCGCACGACAACGAGAGGAGGGACCACGAGACUCUGCAGGCUGCGCUCAUCGCCGAGCUUAGGAGGAGGCUGCUCGUGGCCGACUCCUUCGUGCCCGACGCGGGGAGACCUGCUGUAUUGAGAGCCAGGUACAACGAGGAUACAGACGCGUGGGAGCUCCGCGAGCACAGCGGGGUGGAGCCCCUGGCGCGGCGCCCCGUGUCGGCGGCGGGGCGGCGCCGCCCCACCUGCAGCGCGGCGCUGGCGCACAACCUGCCGCGACAGCGCGCCGAGAACGUGCUGGACCUGGCGCCGCUGCCCCUGCCCACCACCACCAGGACCUACACUCCGCCCAGGCACCAUCCACUCCACUCACAGAGCAUCCCGACCCCGGUCAAGAAGGAACCGGAGAUGGAACCCGUGACCGUCCCGCGCAAGUCGGCGGGGCGCCCCGCCCGCCCCAGCACCGCCCACCACCGCCUGGGCACGGCCGGGGUGCGGUAG